CGGCAAUCGCUCUCAAAACAGCUACAUUUCUUCACAGCGGCCGAAGACGCCACGAGUGACAUUUUCAACUGCGGGGGAGAAAAGUGUAAACAAAUAAAGUGAGAAAUUCCCCCGAAAUGGAAAUUGCAAAAGUCCCCAGCCGGAACCCGUUAACGUACUGUCGUCUUUGUUUGUCCCAAGUAAACCUGCUAACGGUACUGCAGGCGGAAGAUGGAGCUAGAUCUCCACAUAAGGAAUGGUUGCAGAAAUUGUUUCACUAUGCGAAAAUUGCGUUUAACGCCGAAGAAGAUUAUCCGAGCGCUGUUUGUGAUCUGUGCAUAACCCAGUUCAAUGAUUUUCACACGUUCCGCCGUAAAGUGGUGAGCAAUCACACCAUGGUCAAGCUUUACCGGCGAAAUCACGGCGAUGAAAUAGUUAUCCCUAAAGAGGAAGUGAAGGAAGAAGCACAAGAAGACGAAGAGGAAGGAUUCUUGAUUGAUAUUAUCGAUGAGGAUCAGCUGAUAAAGAUAAAGGAAGAGAAUGAUGACGGUAUCUCGGAUGCUAUCUUCGGAAAAGCACACGAGACUAUCAAAGAGGUGGACGUUUAUCAUAUGGAUGGGGAGCUAAGAAAGCUCGUUGUGAAGCAGGAACCUAUUUCACCGGUGCGCCCGACAUCAGCCCCUCGUAAGUCAGCAGAGAAUGGAGAUAUAAAAUUAAGACUCGGGGCUCUUCCAACGAUGCAUAUCCUGAACAAGAAAGUACCCUCCACGAAUGUUGUUAAACAGCUGUCUGUGCCAGCAGUGAAAAUAGAGCCUCUGGACUCGACCCCGAUUGCACCGAAACGUCCAGCUGGUACUAUCCUCAACCAGGAUAUCAAAGAAAAACGGCUGAAAUCAUCCGUGGUGUCUUGUUGGAAAUGCAAAGCAGUCUUCAAUAGCCAUGAAAAUUUGAUUAUUCACGAGAGAGAGGAUCACGGCAUGGUUAGACAACAUAAACCGCCACCUGUGGUAUCGUCUGGGUCUAAGCCCUGCGCUCAGGCCACCUUGUUUAAAUGCACGAAGUGUCACAACAGCUUUGUCCAGGAGUCCAACUACGAACAACAUUUAACAACGUGCAAGGUAAGCCUCCUGUCCAAGCUUAACCCUGCUCAAAUCACGAUCAAACGAACAAAGGUUCCCGCAAGUCAACCGUCGCCGCCUUCAUCAUCGGCUGGUAUCAACAAUUUGAAUGGUAAAAACAAUGACCAUCAGGUUGUGGAACACCGCUUGCGCUGCCCGCACUGUCCGCUGACGUACAAAACGAAGCAUUUCCUGCAGAAGCAUCUGCAGGAUGUGCACAGGAUUGCCACCAAGGAGGAAGUAUUGCAAUGCAAAAUCUGCAAUUUGACCUAUUCGUGUAGUGAAGACCUCAAGCUGCACAAUCAAGCCCUGCAUCGGCGUCAGUGCGAGCAGUGCACCGGGGAAUUUAAGAAUUGUGUGCAUUCUAACGUCGAUACCAAGACGGUGGGGAACCGAGUACUCGUCAAUAAACAGUUGGUGAAAUAGUG